UUUCUCCCAACCGGUCAACUCGUUAUUUGCAUCUGCGGAUUCGCAAGAGUUCUCUACUCCACGAUGCCUGUCUUUCAGGCCAAAACGUUCCGGCGAGCAACAACCGCGUCAUCUUCGCUCGGCGAGCGAAUUGGCGCGGCGUACAGAACCAGUCUUCCCCGGCACCCCUUCCUUCUCUUCGGCCUCCCCUUCGUGAUGAUUAUAGUCGCUGGCUCGUUCGCCUUAACCCCAGCCGCAGCCUUGAGAUACGAACGAUACGAUCGCAAAGUAAAGCAACUAAGCCAAGAGGAGGCAAUGGACCUUGGCUUGAAGGGUCCCGAUGGGGAGGAGGGCAUCAAGAGAAAUCCCCGCAGAAGAGUCAUAGGAGAUGAAAGAGAAGAAUACUAUAGGCUCAUGGCCAAGGACCUAGAUGAUUGGGAGCAGAAACGAGUUCAAAGAUUCAAGGGCGAGCCGGAUGGCAAACUAUGAGUCUAUGGAGGAAUUUUAAAAAAAAAAAAAAAAAAAAAGAAAACAAGCAAAGGCAUGCAAUCUACUUUUUGGGCCUUAAUCCGAGAUCCCGAUAUUUUCUCAGCACGGUCUCUAUCGCCCGGCAAAAUAGCAUCACGGAGUCCAGGCCUAUGGAGCCAGGGAGGAGGUCUGCCCGGCCUUGCAAGAUCCACAAUACAUACAUACGUGUACAUACCUGGUACAUACAUAAAUAAUCAAUAUACCUUAAAUACUAGUAGGUACU